UGUGUUGCCAUGCUUCCUUCUCCAAACAUGGCCAUAAAGCUAUAAACGUAAAUUUACCAACAAUGGUGAAGAGCGUGGUGAUCGUAGGAGGCGGUGUUGCUGGUGCCACCCUCGCUAAAACCCUUCAACUUCAUGCCAACGUUACCCUUAUUGAUCCGAAGGAAUAUUUUGAGAUUCCAUGGGCAAGCUUGAGGGCAAUGGUGGAGCCGUCUUUUGCAGAGAGGAUAGUGAUCAACCAUAGAGAUUACUUCACAAAAGGAGGCCUUGUGAUAUCCAGUGCUGUCAACUUCACAGAAACUCAAGUCAUAACUGCAGAUGGCCGUCACAUUCCUUACGACUAUCUUGUUCUCGCCACUGGUCACACCCAGCCAGCUGUCCCCGUAACUAGGGUUGAAAGGCUCAACCAAUACAAAGCAGAAAAUCAAAAGAUCAAAUCUGCUCGAUCCAUACUGAUUGUUGGAGGAGGUCCUACUGGGGUUGAGCUUGCAGGAGAGAUUGCUGUUGAUUUUCCGGAGAAGAAGGUGACUCUAGUGCAUAAAGGUUCGAGAUUGCUUGAAUUUAUUGGGACAAAGGCUUCGAGGAAGACGAUGAAGUGGUUAAAGUCAAAGAAAGUGGAGGUGAAACUGGAGCAAUCAGUGAACUUAAACUCUGUUGAAGAUACCCCAAACAGAACAUAUCGUACUUCCCUGGGAGACACCAUUGAAGCGGAUUGUCAUUUUCUAUGCACAGGGAAACCUCUCAGUUCUGCAUGGCUUAGAGAAACUCUCAUCAAGAAUGACUUGAAUGUCGAUGGAAGGAUCAAGGUUGAUGAAUCUCUGAGAGUCAAGGGCAGGACUAACAUUUUUGCCAUUGGAGACAUUACAGAUGUCCCAGAAAUCAAACAAGGGAUGUAUGCACAAGGUCAGGCUCAAGUGGUUGCGAAGAAUCUGAGGCUGCUAAUAGAUGGAGGAAAAAAACGCAAAUUGGCGAGUUACAAGGCGCAAGCAGAAGUAGCCAUUGUUUCGCUUGGAAGGAGACAAGGCGUGGCACAAUUCCCAUUCAUGACAGUGCUUGGAAGAUUUCCUGGCAUGAUCAAGUCUGGAGAUUUGUUCGUGGCCAAAACAAGAAAGGACUUGGGACUCCAACCUAAUGUUAAGGAGGCUUGAUUUGAGAUCACAUGUUAUUGGUUUGUUUACACCAAGAUCAUUCAGAUCUUGCUGAAUAAGGAUGUUUCUGUUCUGUGUUGUCCCUAUGCAGUCUUUGGUGUCGGUAAUGGAUAUUUUUUCCAAAA